AUGUCGAAUUAUCCAACAUUAGUCUUUAUACCCGGCGCCUGGCAUAAGCCUACAUGCUACGACAAGGUCAUCAACCUCCUCGAAAAAGAGCAUCAGCUGAAAUGUAUAUCAAUCACCCUGCCUUCGACCUCCGGAGACCCACAAGCAACUUUCAAAGAUGAUUUAGAUGCUGCUCGUGAUGCUAUCUCCAGUGAGACAAAUCAAGGACGCAAUGUGAUUGUUGUUGCACACUCGUAUGGUGGCAUGGUUGGGAAUAGUGCCAUCAAGGGGUUUGCCAAUACAAACCAGACAGAGACCUCAACAACUCCGCGAGGAUAUGUUAUCGGGCUCAUCUUAAUAGCCUCUGGGUUUACUCUAACCAGACUUGCAUUCAUGGAUCCGUUCUUCGGCCAUCCACCCCCUUCCUGGCGCGUCAACAAUGACACCGGUUUCGCCGACAUUGUCACCCCUCCACGUGAGCUAUUUUAUCACGACCUGCCAGCCGAAGAGGCAGAAUACUGGGUCUCUCAACUCUCCUCUCAGAGUGUAAAAGCAUUAUUCGAAGGCCGCGAAUAUACCUAUGCUGGUUGGCAAGAUGUGCCGGCUUGGUAUAUCGGCACCGUCGAGGAUCGCGGGUUGCCGGUGUUGGCGCAACGGAUGACGGUGGGCAUGGCGAGGGAGAUGGGCUGUAGUGUCGAGCACAGGGAGUUGCAGGCGAGCCAUUCGCCAUUUUUGAGUCAGCCGGAGGCGACGGUGAAGAUCAUGCUAGAUGCUGUCGCGGCGUUUAUGAAGAAACAGCCUGCUGGAGACGAGUCUGCGACCAGUGAACGCAGCAAUGCAAUGAUAGCACGGCCAAAAGUCAGCCUUUGGCAGCCACUAACUUGGUUGAAGUUCGGAAUACCUCUGGUUGUUGGCCAUGUCAUUGGAAGAUGUGUUCUAUUGUUUGGCACCGGGAGAUGGCUGUGGAAGUCCAGGUUCGGGUUGCGUAGUGCAUGA